UUAUGCCAAACACAAAACAGUGUCAGUGGUUUAUGUUGGGUUGAGGAAUUUGAAGAGUUUUACGGUUUCACAGCCGAAGAUAUUGGCAGGAGAGUGGCAGAGGAUGAUGGGCAGGCUAGUGGAGAGAGUGAUUUAUCGUUUGGAGAAGAGACGAGUGAUGAAGAAGAGUUGGAGAGCGGAGACGAAGGAGAAAGUGAUGAGUGGAGUCGGGAGCUACAUGAAGUUGAACUCGCUCCUUUUGAUCGUGAAGUCGGUCCUACAAAUAUUCUUCCAGCUGAAGCGAAUGCCACCGAUUUCCUUGAACAGCCCUUUCCCCCUGAUUUAAUCGACCUGAUUGUGGAAGAAACAAACAGAAAUGCCAGGCGAAAGGAUGCUGAUCGAACGUAUUGGGAACCCGUGAACGCGAGCGACAUCAAGAUAUAUCUCGCGAUAAGACUGCAACAAGGAAUCAAGUCUGUACCGUCAGAGCGUGAUUACUGGGCCACAAGCCCGUUUCUAGGGGUGAAAAGCAUCAAGGAUGUAAUGUCAAAGAACAAGUACGUGAAGAUAAACCAGUAUCUUCAUUUCAACGAUGCUGAGAAGGCCAAAACGCGUGGUCAGGAAGAACACGAUAAGUUGUUUCAUGUUCGCCCGCUCAUCAAACGAUUGUCUGAGACAUUUCUCAAAGCUUACAAGCCCAAUCGGGAAAACGCAAUCGAUGAGGGAUUGAUCAAAUACAAGGGAAGACUUGGAUUCAAACAGUACAUGCCUCUGAAGCCAGCGAAAAGAGGCAUAAAAGUUUGGCUCUGGGCUGACUCACACACACAUUAUGUGUCGGUGUUUCAAGUCUACGCCGGACGCCCGAAGCAAAACACAGCUGAAACCGGCCUCGGGGCCAGAGUCGUUACUGACUUAUCCAGAGAUUUAGUCGGAGGACACUAUCAUUUAUUUAUGGAUAAUUUCUUUUCAAGCUUUGAUCUUUUAAAAAAGCUAAAGAACGAUGGUAUUUACGCCACUGCAACGACAAGAACAAACAGGAAAGAGUUUCCUGCUGAAGUCAAGUCCGCCAAACUCACAAAUUGCGGCGAUGCCUAUGUAAUGCAAAGGCAAGGGAUCCACGCCACAGCAUGGAAAGACAAAAAAAAACGUUUUUUUUUUCUUAAGCAGUGGAAGCCAGCCAGAAGGCCAAGAAAAUGUUACAGGAAAGGAAAGGAUUGCACAUCUGAGAAAGUGUCCGCGCCGCCGUGUGUAGUCACCUACAACAAGCACAUGGGCGGCGUGGACUAUGCCGACCAGAAGCGAGGAGACUACAAGAUCCCCAUCAAAUCUCGCCGGUGGUAUCGCUAUUUGUUUAUAUUUCUAUUCGAGACUGCGGUGGUAAAUUCACAUAUUCUACGGAAUUUGUCCCCAAACCACAAGAAGAUAACGCAGCUGGACUAUCGGCUAGAACUUAUCGAGGGGUUGAUUGGCAGAAACUCGUCGAGAAAGCGCAAACGUGCUUCUACAGAGAUUGAAGUGGUUGAUGGAAAGUCACAUUUCCCAGUAAAAGUGCCAAUAAACAGAUGUGUGCACUGUGCUGCUGUAUCGGAAAGAAAGCGCUCAACCUGGGGAUGUGCUUUAUGCAAUGUCACGCUUUGUGUUGGCUGUUUCGAGCCAUUUCAUUUGAAGUGA